ACCGGUGGUCUUUGGUGCUGUGAAAACAAAGUGAUAUUUUCCUCAAAUAAUUUCGUUUUUCUGCGUAAUUCAAUCCGUCCAAGAUGUCACAAGGAGAUAGUUAUCAUCUUAAGUUUGGCCCCGAUGCGGGGGCACACGUUGAUGCUUAUCUGGAAUACAGAAGAAUUGUUGGCGAUGAUGAUGGGGGUGUCAUGAUGUCACCUGAGGACUUUGAAGACUACCAGAGAAGAGUUCUGCCAAUGCGUCAAAAGAACCGCCUGUAUGUCAGCUGGUAUUCUCCACCGACUGGUAUCGACUGCAAGCUGGUUGGCCCAGAGACGCCAUGCUUCUGUACUCAUAGAUAUAAGCAGCACAAAACAGACUUUGAGGCAAUCCCGGAAGCCCGCCCCAUCCUUCAGCCGUGCAAAGUCCGUGGCUGCCGCUGUAACUCGUACAGCUACGUCCCGCUGAAUGGCUCUCAACCAAUCAGGUGCGGAUGUAAACAUUACUCGGACGAACAUUCGGAGACGAACCUCAUGAAGUGCAAGAAGUCUGGAUGCAAGUGCGCUGGGUUCAAGAGUUCCUACACCUGUGGCUGCGGUGAGCCGGCUUACAGACAUGAGAUGGUGGUGGAGACACGACAGGAGCGGGAGAAACGAGGCCGUCCGGUCGGGCAGGAGGGCGUCCCAUACCAGGCCAUGGGCGGUCUGUCGGGCUUCUCAUCUCUGGCUGAGGGCUACAUGAGGAUGGACCCGAGUGGUAAAGCCCUGCCAUCAAAGGCCUUCUUGAAUCAGCCAAUCACAAGUGAGGACCACCCGUUCCUCCGUGCUAACCUCGAGGAGGUCGACAUGGUCAAGCGGACCCAGGGCUUGAGGAUCUCUGACCGAGAGCAGCAGGAGCUCAAGUCCAAGAUGCGUCAACCCGGGGAGUCAGAGAUGGAUUUCUAUGAGAGGCGCUACCAGGAAAGGCAAAAGAAAUCCAAUGUGUAUCGGCCACCUGUCAAGUCCAGGGCCGACCAGAAAAAGUAGAUGUCACAAGAAUGAUUUGAAUAGGCACGGCUGUGAUCAUUUUUGUUGAUCGGCAAACUGACUCGGUAAAUUCGAGAAUAAGUUUGCUUUGAGUAAUUUUCACAAUCAAUAUGUGGAUGCAUGACAGAACUGGAGUCAUUGUUGACCCAAUAAGAUCUAUUGGCCUAGUGACUCUGACUUUGGCCAGUGUCCAUAAUCACUAGUUGAUAGUCCCGGCCACUUCUUUAGUUUAAUAAUCCGUUAAUAUCAGCACAUUCUUUACUCAAGGGAAAACUUCAAUCGGUCUUUUUAAAGCUGUUUGUUAAUUCUUCCAGUUAGCUUUCUUUAUAUCUUUGUAAAAUAUCAUUAUCCGUCCAUUGUAGCAUAGCUCAAACAGGGUACUAAAACAUGACAGAUGUGUGAUGCAUUUUGCACUCUCAAAUAAAGCCUUUUUAGAAUAAAA